ACAGUCCUCUCUCAUUCACUCCAUAACCCUAGCUCUCAUUUUAUUCCCCACUCCCUCUGUAGACCAAACCCUAACCAAUCAAUGGCGUCUCGGAGGCUUAUAGCCUCGCUUCUCCGAUCAUCCGCCUCUCGCGGGGGCUCAAUUUCCAGAUCCGCCGUUGGGAACUCUCUGACCAGGCCUGCUCCACGCGCCUCCCCCGCCGGCUUUCUCCUGAACCGUGCUGUUCGUUACGCUACCUCCGCUGCGUCCCCGGCCGAGAAGCCAUCGGCCAAGCCUCCGUCUGGAAAUGCGCCGACGGGGAAGAUCACCGAUGAGUUCACCGGUGCCGGAUCGAUCGGUCAAGUCUGCCAGGUUAUUGGAGCCGUCGUGGACGUCAGAUUCGAUGAGGGACUGCCUCCGAUCCUCACCGCUCUCGAGGUGCUCGACAACCAAAUCAGGCUUGUGCUCGAGGUGGCGCAGCACUUGGGUGAGAACAUGGUGAGGACAAUUGCUAUGGACGGUACUGAAGGGCUCGUCCGUGGUCAACGCGUUCUCAACACCGGCUCUCCUAUCACUGUUCCUGUUGGUAGGGCCACUCUUGGUCGUAUCAUCAAUGUCAUUGGAGAGGCCAUUGAUGAGAAAGGCCCACUCACAACCGAUCACUAUUUGCCCAUUCAUCGUGAGGCACCUGCUUUUGUAGAGCAAGCUACUGAGCAACAAAUUCUUGUAACUGGAAUCAAGGUUGUCGAUCUUCUCGCACCAUAUCAAAGGGGAGGAAAAAUUGGGCUUUUUGGUGGUGCAGGAGUCGGGAAGACUGUGCUUAUUAUGGAACUGAUUAACAACGUUGCCAAAGCUCAUGGUGGUUUCUCUGUCUUCGCUGGUGUUGGUGAGCGUACUAGAGAGGGUAAUGAUUUGUACAGAGAAAUGGUUGAGAGUGGUGUCAUUAAGCUGGGUGAUAAGCAAAGUGAGAGUAAAUGUGCUCUUGUAUAUGGUCAAAUGAAUGAGCCCCCUGGUGCUCGUGCCCGUGUUGGACUUACUGGACUAACUGUCGCUGAGCACUUUAGAGAUGCUGAGGGUCAGGAUGUGCUUCUCUUUAUCGACAACAUUUUCAGGUUUACCCAGGCCAACUCUGAAGUCUCUGCUUUGCUUGGGCGUAUCCCAUCUGCUGUUGGAUACCAACCAACUUUGGCUACCGAUCUUGGAGGCCUUCAAGAACGUAUCACAACUACUAAGAAAGGUUCCAUUACAUCUGUGCAAGCUAUUUAUGUGCCUGCUGAUGACUUGACUGAUCCUGCUCCUGCAACUACCUUUGCUCACUUGGAUGCCACAACUGUGUUGUCCCGUCAGAUCUCUGAGCUUGGUAUUUAUCCUGCUGUCGAUCCCCUUGAUUCUACAUCUAGAAUGCUUUCUCCCCACAUUUUGGGAGAGGACCACUACAAUACUGCUCGUGGGGUACAGAAAGUUCUGCAAAACUACAAGAAUCUUCAAGAUAUUAUUGCUAUCUUGGGUAUGGAUGAGCUCAGUGAAGAUGACAAGUUGACUGUUGCUCGUGCUCGUAAAAUUCAAAGGUUCCUUAGCCAGCCUUUCCAUGUUGCUGAAGUGUUCACGGGUGCCCCUGGAAAGUAUGUCGAGCUGAAGGAGAGCAUUAACAGUUUCCAGGGUGUACUGGAUGGCAAAUAUGAUGACCUUCCUGAACAGUCAUUUUACAUGGUUGGUGGAAUCGAUGAGGUCAUUGCCAAGGCAGAGAAGAUUGCCAAGGAGUCUGCUGCCUAGAUAGAUUAAACUUCCAGGGAUUUGUUUUUGUGCUUUGGUUGAUAAUCACGAGAAUAAUUCUGUGACAAUGCCAAACUUCAGGAGUUUGAACUUUUUUCUGACCCAAUGGGUCGAAAUUUUUCUGCUUUUUUCGCCUUUGUUGCGGGGUUAAGAUAGAGACCUGGAGUCCCUGGGCACUCCCUGCUGCCUAAGCUCUCUUUUUGUUCCGAUAUAUUAUUUUCACAUAAAUAAGCGGGGUAAAUUGGCUGACUGACUUGUACAUUACAUUUACUCUCCCAUUUUAUUCAGUGGUGGAUGCCCUAAUUAGGCAGUGUUUGUCGUUA